GAGAUCAGUUGUCUGUCUGAUGGUGUGUUAAAACGGUCCUCGCAAUCUCAUUUGUACUAGUUGGUGAAGUCGUAAAUAUUAGGCUACAUGAAUGGGUUAAAGUGCUUUCAAAGUGAGAGCAAGUACUUUAUCUUUGUCUUGUUGCCAAAGUUACAGAUUGUGGCUUUAAAUUUGAAAGCUAAAUGUGUUUCCCUGCCCCAUCGCCCUCGCUCUCCUAUUCUAUCUUUCUCUGUCUCGUACAGGAGGAAUAUAAUGUUGGGAAAACCUCUUCCAGCCCGACUACAGCUGCUCCUACCAAUGUCACAUCCACAAGACAGGACCGUGGUAACAAAACAACCAUUGAGACGAGACCAACUACAUCUUCGAUUUCCAGUUUUAAUGCUCCUGCCUGUGCUUCCAGAGCACAGAUUAAAACCACUGAAAAGAUACCAGCAUCCAUAACUUCAAUGAAACGCAGGCCAGAGAUUGACAUAGAUCAGAUGCUGGGGGGAGAUCUACACAAAAAGCAUCAGGAUUUCAUGACCAACAGCAAUCUGUCCACACUAAGAGGGCGUGGCCUGUCAGGAAGUCAUACUUUUCUCUCCACUGAUCCAAUUGACUUGAAUGGCAGGCCAGAGAUUGGCAUAGAUCAGGUGCUGGGGGGAGAUCUACACAGCAAUCUAUCCACACUAAGAGGGCGUGGCCUGUCAAGAAGUCAUAAUCUUCUCUCCACUGAUCCAAUUGACUGUAAGUACAACAUUCAACAGUUAACCUUUUUAGUAUGUUCUCCAUUGUUUUAUGCAUGUGUCAAAUAAAAUAAACUUAAUUUUCCCAUAUUUCAGCCCUCCUCAAUCAAACAACAGGAAAUUGUGUAAUGGAGCAUCAGUGCUUGAUGACCAGCAACAUUUUACAUAU